AUGAGCCAACUGGUGUUCUCGGAGACGACGCUCGCUGUGUCCCGGCCCAGAUGGGCUCACACCCUACUAAUACCUGCUGCUUGCGCUGUUGUUUCUAUCAUCUUGCUUUUGCUCCAUGUUGUUCUGGCCGCCACACCCGCCAAGCGCCUUAUCGCAAGGUUCCGUAGUCGCAAUGUCGAUGAGGACGAUGUUGACUCAAUACCUCAACAAUCCAUCGUGCGACAACACACUGGAUUCUUCCCCGACUUGCGCUCCCAUAUUAAGGCACACGGUGGGACUACUGUGUUCGCAUGGAAAGUGCUGCGAUUGCUAGCCUGCUUUGCUUUGACGGCGCUGACCGUUGGGGCUAUUGUAUCAAUCAAUGAAGGGCAUAAAACUAUCGGUACAAAGGUGUAUGAAUAUACUGAAGAGUUGGACUUGGAUAUGGAUACUUUGACUAAGAAAUGGGGAAAGAAACACAGGAAGCACAAGAAGAAGCGAGAGAGGUGGUUCAGUACUGCAGAAUGGAUUGAGAUAUCACUGUGCAUGUUCUAUACGUAUACAACGCUUCUUGCUAUCUUAGCCCUCACCUUGGCUCCUCGGUUCCGUGCAGUCGCAAACACUCACCUUGUAAUCUUAUUGCUUAUCGCCCUCUGUGUAUACGCAUGGCGGGAUCUAGUGCCAUUCGCAAUCUAUGGCUGGCACCCAGCAGAUGGAGCUGGAGGAUGGCUGACAUGGACGCGGAUUGGGGUGCUGGGGUUCGCAUCGACUGUUGUGCCACUAUGCAUCCCGAGGGUAUAUGUGCCUCUAGACCCCAAGAACCCAAGUGCAGUUCCCAACCCCGAGCAAACGGCGUCCGUGAUCUCACUGGUGCUGUACAACUUCCUUGAUCCGAUUGUAUGGGCCGCGUAUCGUUCGCCGAAGCUGGAGUACGAGCAGCUUCCACCGCUGGCGGACUAUGAUCGUGCAUCAUACCUUCGAGACCGGGGAUUCGACAAGCUGGAUCCUAUGCGGCGUAGCAAACAGCGGCACCUGUUUUGGGGGCUGAUGGAGGUGUUCUGGAAAGAGUACUGUAUCAUGGCAGUUCUAGUUACUGUAAAGGCGCUAAUGGAGUUUGCGGGGCCGGUUGGGAUCAAAUAUCUGCUCGAAUAUCUUCAGAAAACUCAAAGGGGCGAAGAACCGGGGUUCAUUCGACCUUGGUUCUGGAUUCUUUGGCUUUUCCUUGGCCCAGUCAUCGGUUCGAUUGCGUUUCAAUGGUAUAUCUUUAUUACCACUGGAUCAUUGGUCCGAACAGAGGGAAUGAUCACUCAGCUCCUAUUCGAACACUCGCUCCGCAUCCGUAUGGUUGCUCAAGCUGCUGGAGGCGGGUCAAACGGCAAGACGCCCAAGACUGCAACCCCUGGAGGCGAUAGCGCUAGUAUUGCUGGUAGCGAAAGAACAGCAGUUGAGGCUCAGUCGCAAGGUGCCGAAGGUGCAGAGGGCGUAGAAGGAGGAUCUAACAGUGCUGGGCACACAGCAGAAGAAAGCAAUGGACAGACACUAGUUGCGAGCACGAGUUCCGUGAAGCCGAAAGACAAGGACGAAAGCAAAGGGGACGAUGGCGAAGGGGAUAAUCUUACGGGGAAGAUCAACAACCUGAUGUCCACUGACUUGGGGAACAUGAUUGACGGUCGUGACUUCUUGCUCAUAAUCAUCUUUGCGCCUGUCCAAAUCAUAUUUAGUGUCGUGUUCUUGUAUCGUAUCUUAGGGUGGAGCGCUGUAAUCGGCAUGGGAUUUAUGGUACUCUCUUUUCCUAUCCCAGGAAAACUUGCGUAUCUAUUCAAUGACAUCCAAGUUGCCCGAAUGAAGAAGACCGAUGCCCGAGUUCAAACCGUCACCGAGUCGAUGAACGUGAUUCGGAUGAUCAAGCUGUUCGGCUGGGAGAAGAAGGUUAUUGGGCAGGUGGAAGAGAAACGAGAGGAAGAACUGAAGUACUACAAAAAGCGACAGUUCCUGGGGUUGAUGAACAUGAACAUCAAUUAUAUACUUCCACUAAUUGUGAUGCUUGUGACAUACGCGUCGCACACACUAAUUUUCAAGAUGCAGCUAGAUGCAGCGACUGUCUUUUCUUCGAUUGGAGUGUUUGAUGUCUUGCGCAACCAGCUCCACAUGUUAUUCUGGCACAUCCCGAUGACUAUCCAGGCUAAAGUUUCUCUGGACCGAAUCGAUGAUUUCGUACAAAACACCGAGCUCCUGGACUCAUUUAACGACAAAGAAGGUCCCGUCAUUCUCGACCCUAACCCUCCUGCAUCCGACGCCAUUGGCUUCCGCAACGCAACCUUCACAUGGACACGGCAAGUCCCUGGCACUCCGACCCCGUCGAGACGCAACUUCAGAUUACACAUCGACGAAGAGGUGCUGUUCCGCCGCGGCAAGAUCAAUAUGGUCGCUGGUCCGACAGGAUGCGGAAAGACUAGCUUGCUCAUGGCUCUGCUGGGGGAGAUGCAUUUCGUACCAAGUAGUCCUGACUCGUGGUUUUCGCUCCCGAGGGAUGGUGGAGUAGCGUAUGCGGCACAAGAAGCUUGGGUGCAGAACGAGACUAUCAGAGAGAACAUCAUAUUUGGAGCUGAGUUCGAUGAAGAGCGCUACAAUAAAGUCAUCUCGCAAUGCGGGCUGGAGAGAGAUUUGACGCUGUUCGAUGCUGGCGACCAGACUGAAGUUGGCGAAAAGGGCAUGACGCUGAGCGGAGGUCAGAAGGCUCGAGUGUCGCUUGCGCGCGCGAUCUACUCGAAGGCAGACAUCAUCAUACUCGAUGACGUGCUCUCUGCGCUGGAUGUGCACACGUCGCGGUGGAUUGUGGACCACUGCUUCCGAGGGGAGCUUGUAGCUGGACGGACGAUGAUCAUUGUGACGCACAACGUUGCGAUGGUGAGUGAAGUGGCAGACUUUGUAAUCUCUCUGGGCACGGACGGACGGAUUGCGAGUCAAGGGACCAUCGAUGAAGCCUAUCGGUCCAACCCUAAGCUGAAAGCGGAGGCGGAGAAGGACGAGGAACUAGAACGCAAGGGCGAUCAAGUCGUGGACGACAGCAACCCUGUUGACAAGAGAAACGACGGUAACAAGAAGUCGGAUGGGAAGCUGAUGGUGGCCGAGGAAGUGGCUGAGGGACACGUCAGUUGGCCCGCGCUGAAGCUGUUUCUGGCAGCGUUCGGGGGGAUGUGGUUCUGGACUAUGUAUAUGACAGGGUUCAUACUGGCAGAUGUUGGGACGCUGGGGCAGACGUACUGGCUUGGUGUGUGGGCGCGUGCAUAUGAGGUGAACAGUGGUCACAACGAGCGAGUUAACGUGGGCUUGGCGACCAGCUACCUUGUGGUGUAUGGAAUAGUAUGUGGCGCUGGCGUGAUAGUCUUCAGUGGUGCCUAUGUCAUCCAUGUGCUGGGUUCUGUACGUGCGUCGAGACGGAUUCAUGACCAAUUGAUCGGGUCUGUACUGGGAGCACCGCUUCGAUGGCUGGACUCAACACCUAUAGGUCGUGUGAUCGCUCGGUUCACUCAGGACAUCCGCUCUGUGGAUGGAUCGUUGCCGGAUGGACUACACAAUCUUAUUUACAUGACAAUUCAGUUAAUCUCGCGUUUCAUUGCAGUUGUCGUGUUUUCCCCUAUCUUUACCAUCCCAGGCGCAGCUGUUUUUGUUCUUGGAAUUUGGGUUGGUCAGAUAUACAUAGCUUCCCAGCUAUCGGUCAAGCGCGAGAUGUCCAACGCUCGUUCGCCCUUGUUCAGCCAUUUCGGAGCUGCGCUGCAGGGGAUCAUCUCCAUUCGUGCAUAUAAUGCCCAGGAGCAGUUCAAGAACGAAGCCCUUAAAAGGAUCGACAAAUACACCAGAGCAGCCCGGACUUUCUAUGCACUCAAUCGCUGGAUCUCUAUCCGUAUGGAUGCGCUGGGUGGACUUUUUGCAGCUGGAUUGGCAUCUUAUCUGGUAUACUAUCGUACAUCUGUGGAUGCUAGUGAUACUGGCUUCUCCCUCAACAUGGCAGUCGCCUUCUCUGGAGGUAUCAUCUGGUGGGUUCGCAUCCUCAACGAGUUUGAGGUUCAAGGAAACAGUCUCGAGCGUAUCCAAGACUAUAUCAACAUCGAACAGGAGCCCGAGUCAGUCCCAGAGAAGGCUCCUCCCGCAUACUGGCCUGCAUCCGGUCACAUCGUCGCCGAGAACCUCACAGCGCGCUACUCCAAGGACGGUCCUGCAGUCCUCCACGGCCUGUCAUUCGAGAUCAAGUCUGGCGAGCGUGUCGGUGUCGUAGGCAGGACAGGCAGCGGCAAGAGCUCCCUGACCCUAUCGCUGCUGCGCAUGAUCCCUAUCGAAGGCGACGUGUACUAUGACGGGAUGCCGACACACGGCGUGAACCUGGACGCACUGCGCUCGAGCAUCACGAUCAUCCCUCAGCAGCCAGAGCUGAUGAGCGGCACGGUCAGGCAGAACCUCGAUCCGUUCGACGAGUACGACGACGCGGUGCUGAACGCUGCGCUGCGGUCUGCUGGGCUGGACACGCUGCAGUCGGAAGACGACGAAGGGUACAUCGGGCUGGAGUCGGGAGUGAGUGCAGGAGGAGGGAACUUCUCACUGGGACAGAGGCAGAUACUUGCGCUUGCACGUGCGAUCGUGAGGAGGAGCAAGGUGCUGAUACUGGACGAGGCGACUGCUGCGAUCGACUACAACACGGAUACGGCAAUCCAGAAGUCGAUUCGGACGGAGCUGAAGGACCGGACACUGAUCAUUGUUGCACACCGGCUGCAAACGAUCUGCGAUGCUGACAAGAUCAUGGUGCUAGAAGCUGGGAGGAUCAUCGAGUUUGACUCUCCAGCGGCGCUGCUGCAGAAGGAGUCAGGAGCGUUCAAGUCGCUUGUUGAUGAAAGUGGCGACAGGGACUCACUAUAUGCUAUGGCAGGCUGCCAGGUGUGA